AUGGUACUCAGAGAUCAGUCAAUAAGUCGUCCUGGCAACAUUGUGACCAAGGAAAAGGACAUGACAGCAGAUGGUGGCAUCACUCUGUUUCCUCGUUAUUAUCUGCUGCGUAACAAAAAGGAAGUCGAUAACAUAGCUGAACCGCACCAGCAAGUCAAAAUCAAGUCUAUUGAGUACGAUAAACGGAUAGCGUUUACCGCUACCACUCUUAAGGUCUACGAGGUUCGAGCUCCCGAGACCUUCAUCAGUUUCCUUGCUUUCAUCUACGACGCCGUUGACGAAGGCAAACCUCCACCUUGGUGA